AUGCUCCUAUACGCUCCUAUACGCUCCUAUACGGCCUUAUGCGUUCAUGUGCACUCCUUUACGCCCAUAUGCUUUCAUCCAUUACCAUUAGCCUCUCAACUUCAUCCCGUGCUGUACCUUGCCUUCCACAUUCCCUGCGGAUUCGGAAACUUUCCGUUCCCUUCCUCCCUUCCACUUUCCCCUCUCCUCCCACCAGGGCUCGACGCGCCUCACAUAUUCCAUCCCUCUGUCCCCUCGUCCUCCCACCCUUCCCUGCUGUUUCCGUCACUUGGUCCUUCAUCCCCCUCCCCCCCCUUCCUUCCGCCCACCAGAGCGAGAGAUCCCCGCCAGUGUCCGUGUGUCGGUCGCCCUGCGGGCCUCACAGCAGCGGCGGUCAGGGGCGUGGCAGUGGGGGACGAUGCGCCAGUGGGGGACGAUGCGCCAGUGGGGGACGAUGCGCCAGUGGGGGACGAUGCGCCAGUGGGGGACGAUGCGCCAGUGGGGGACGAUGCGCCAGUGGGGGACGAUGCGCCAGUGGGGGACGAUGCGCCAGUGGGGGACGAUGCGCCAGUGGGGGACGAUGCGCCAGUGGGGGACGAUGCGUCAGUGGGGGACGAUGCGUCAGUGGGGGACGGAUGCGUCAUUGCUCCAGCGGUAUCUGGUCAUGGUGGGGUGGAUGGCGCGGGCAUUGUGAUGUGGCUCAUGGGGCAGGUGCCGAACCUAUUUGCUCUGGGGUCGCAGGCAGAUGAUGUGAAUUUCCUGGCGGGGUGUGACGGGCAGCCGUGGUUCGGAUGGGUUUCAGGGAGAAGUUUGAAAGACACGGGGCUUCAUGGGUAUGGUGAAGUUACCAGUUGCACUGCCCCUCUUGCUCUACUGCCUGGAUCGCCUGUUCUUGCGCUUUCCAUUUGCCUGCGCUCUCUCCACGACUUAGACACCUCUCUGUGUCUCCCCGUGCACACUACCUGCUGUCACCACCUCUCGUCGUUCUCUCCCCUGCCCUAA